UCUCUGCCCCUCUUUGCAGGCUAUGAGGUGACAGUGCUGGUGCGGGACACCUCCAGGCUGCCCUCAGAGGGGCCCCAGCCGGCCCACGUGAUAGUGGGUGACGUUCGGCAGGCGGCUGAUGUGGACAAGACUGUGGCAGGGCAGGACGCCGUCAUCGUGCUGCUGGGCACCGGCCAUGACCUCAGUCCUACCACAGUGAUGUCCGAGGGUGCCCAGAACAUUGUGGCGGCCAUGAAGGCCCACGGCGUGGACAAGGUCGUGGCCUGCACCUCGGCCUUCCUCCUGUGGGACCCGUCCAAGGUGCCCCCAAGACUGCAGGAUGUGACUGAUGACCAUAUCCGGAUGCACAAGAUACUGCAGGAGUCGGGCCUGAAGUACGUGGCUGUGAUGCCACCACACAUAGGAGACCAACCACUGACUGGGGCCUACUCAGUGACCCUGGAUGGACGAGGGCCCUCGAGGGUCAUCUCCAAACACGACCUGGGCCACUUCAUGCUGCGCUGCCUCACCACUGAUGAGUACAAUGGGCACAGCACCUACCCCUCCCAUCAGUACGACUAGGGCUCUGGCCCCGUCCAGGAGGACAGCAUCCCAGGAAAUAGAGAACAAAGGAAGGGAGCAAUAAAGCUUGAGCCAAGAGCUUCAAGUUAUUUUAGAGUACCCAC